AUGGUGCGUCUCGGAGCCCGUGUGCUUGCUCUCUCCGCAGUUGCCGGUGUGGCGGUGUGGUCUCAGGCCUGCCUCAGAGCCUUCUGCGGCAGCAGCCUCACCCGCCCAGAAGGACCUGCUGUGGCCCGCAACGGAUGGCGCCUGGACAAGAUGGAGGUCGGCCCCCAGGGCAUCGGCCAGCUUGUGGUUGCUGAAGGCUUCUUCAUCGGAGAGAAGGACAUGUUCAAGAUUUGCAACAAGCAGGGCCGACGCUACCGCAUGCGUCCUUUCGCGGAGGAGCGCAAGACCGACACCACCCUGCCUGGCAUCUUCCAGCUCGGACCUUUCAAGAUCCACCUGGAGCAGGCAUUUCGAGGUGGAGCCGGCUCCCACGCACUUUUCGCAGAUCGGCCCGAGGGCUAUUCGGGCAACGGCGGUACCGCUGGCUGGGGGGAAGACAUCCCUACUCGCAAGGGUGGCUACGGCAGCCGCUAA